AUGGGGGUUCCCUUUGAUUACGCGCCCGACCGUCCAGAGCAUAUCGAUGCUAUCCUUAACGGAUUAGAUCGAUACAACCCGGAGACAACCGCUGUGUUUCAAGAAUAUGUCGUCCAGCAGUGCGAUCAAAAGUUCUACGAUUGCUACGCAAACCUUGCCCUACUAAAGCUAUACCAAUUCAACCCCCACCUGACCAAGGACGAGACAAUUACGAACAUCCUCGUUAAAUCUCUCACAGUCUUCCCAUCACCCGACUUUUCACUAGCCCUCCAUCUGCUUCCACCUCAUAUCCUUACACCAGCCUCUGCUUCUUCUGCUCUCCCAGCAGCUGGUGACGCGCCUCUCUCAGAAGCCGUUCAGAAAUUGAACGUGCUCAACAACCUUCUCGCACAAGCUUCAUAUGCUGCAUUCUGGAGCACAUUAGAUAGCGAUGAUCUAUAUGCAGAUUUGACCGCUGACGUUGCCGGCUUUGAUGAACUUAUCCGCAUUAGAAUUGCGCUCACCAUAUCCCAAUCCGUGAGAGAAAUCGAGCGUUCAGUGUUGGAAUCUUGGUUAGGCAUGCAAGGCGACGCUUUUGACAAAUUCGUCAAGGAUGUCUGUGGGUGGGAGAUCGAGGGUACGGUUGUGAAGGUCCCACUAAAUAAGGAAAACGAAGCAAAGGGUACUGUUGUGAGAGAGAACGUGAAGAUGGAACAGUUCUCAAGGGUCAUCAGAAGGGCCUACGAGCAACCUGCGUAG